AUGAAGCUUACCGCCACCUUCUUAGUGUUCUGUAUGGCUCUGCUUAGUGACUCUGGUACUGCUUUCUUCGUAAAUUCAGCGGCCAAAUCUGUAGCAGAACCCGUGGCUGACCUUGCCCCAGCUGCAGAGGCUGUGGCCGGGGCUGUACCUAGUCUACCAUUAAGCCGCUUUAGCAUCCUGAGGCUCAUCCUGGCCAGCCUGGGCAUUCCAGUGGAUCCCCUCAUAGAAGGUUCCAGGAAGUGUGUCACUGAGCUGGGCCCUGAAGCUGUAGGGGCUGUGAAGACACUACUGGGGACCCUGACAGCAUUUGGUUGAGGUGAAUCUGGAAUGACUCUGCCUGACAAGAUGUACUCCUUGGUGAGAGAUGGAAACCCUAGAGCUUGCAACUUUCCUCUACCUUAAUAAACAUGGCUAGAACAGCUUUGCAGUUGACGUCUUCUUGCUUCAAAGUCAAUCCCUAUAGGAAGUCAAAAGCAUCGUGUGUGUGUGUGUGUCAGAGAGAGAGAGAGAGAGAGAGAGAGAGAGAGAGAGAGAGA